GGGGAGCAAAAGUCACAAUUUAUCUGGAAAAGGGGUGGGGUAACAUGAGGAAAGAUCAUGUAAGUUGUCUUGGCUUCUCUGAGUGCCCUCUCUAACCAUGUAUGGCUCUGUAGUGCUAAAUGCCCAAGGGGUGCUACUGCCCCAGUCAGGGGACUUAUGGAAGACCAUCUUUCAAAAUCCCUUCAUACCUUCUGAGAUGCUACCCUCCCUACACCACUUGGUGGGCCUACAAGGGGCCAUAUGGCUGACAGAUAACCGUCCUGGAGAUCUAGCUGUACUCUUAUGUACCAUGAUGAAUAGCCAGUGCAAAGAGAGUGGGGUUCCUCUCCCUGGACUUGCUGAGGACCUGCUGUCACUGCUAAGUGUGUGGGACCCCUGCUUUGAAGAGUUGGAUGCUCCAUUGACCCUACAGGAUGCCAGGAGUCUGAGGGAUGUCCUUCUUACAACAGCUGCAUUCCACCAAGGUCUUCAAGAGCUUCAUGUGGGGAACUUGCCAUUAGCCUUGAGCAGCCUGCAGAAAGCAGCAUUCAGCCUGUGCCCCCGUUCCGUGCUGGCUCAAGUCCACACAGCUUUGGCAGCCUGUCUUCGGAAAAUGGGCCAUCCACAGAGGGCACUGCUGCAUCUUCUUGAAGCUCUCAAGGCAGACCCGGGCCAAGGGCCCCCUCUUCUGGAGGCUGCCAGACUCUAUCGACAGCUUGGCCACACCACAGCUGAACUGGACAGCUUAAAGCUACUGGUGGAGGCUUUGACUAUGCCUCACAGCCCCAGGCCACCCUUAUUCCCUAUUGCGGUAGAACUUCUGAUCACUCCACCCAGUCCUGCCUCCUCUCUUUACUGUGGGACCCAGAGCCAGGUCAAGCACAUGCUGGCAAGCAGGUGUCUCCAGACAGGCAGGAAUGAGGAGGCUGUGGAGCAAUUUCUGGACCUGCUGGCCUUACUGAUGGAUGGAUCAAUGUCACAGGGUAUGCAGUGUUCUAUGUUCCUGUCUGGUGGUUCUCAAGCUCCUCAUGUACCCGAGGUCUUCUUGGAGACAGCAGCAGCACUGAUUAUUGUGGGUAGAUUCCAAGAUUCAUUGACUGUCUGUGAAGAGCUGCUUAGCCGGAUAUCACUUUUGGUCCCCCAGAAACUGUGGCUGGGUCAAGGGGGACCUAGCCUUAGGCCUGUUCUAUCCACAGUCCCAUCUGUCUCUGAGAAGCCCUCAGAGCAUCUGUUCUGCCUGUUAUGGGCUUCAGCUGCCCACUUACUUCAGGGUCAGGCCCAUUCUGGGCUGGGGGCCCGGAGGGAAGCCCUGGAGGAAUUUAGCAGGUGCCUUGAGUUACUCUUCCGGGUACAGCCUUUGGACAGAGUUGUAGAUCAAGGUGCAGGUGGAGAUGUAGACCAAAGUUUGAGUGGAGAUGUGAUCUCCAGCAGUGAAGAUGAGCUCCCUUCAGAGAUCUGCUUACCUAGGAAGGUUCUUCAGAGGCUGAAAGCAGUGACAUUAAUUAGCCGAGGGCUGGAAUGGGUAGCAGAAGGCCAGGAUGCCCGGGCUCUACAGGAUUUCCUCCUUGGUAUGCAGGUUUGCCCAGGUGACCGAAAUGCUUCCUUACAUCUGCUGCAUGUCCUGUGGAGGCUAGAGCGGAGGGAAGAGGCCAUUACAAUCUAUCAGAGGCUAGAGGCCGAGGCAGACCAGGAACAGGAUGACUCUGAGGGUCUUCUCCCCCAGUACUUAGUGUCCUGUAUGAACCGGAUUCAAAUCACUGAGCAGGAGUCCCUCUUGCAAGAGCUUCGGAAAUCACUGCAGAGGCCCACAUGCCCUUAGUGGGCAUUCGAUCCUGGCUUCCCAGGGAUCUUCCCUAUUUGGGCCUCUUUCUUAGUUCAGCCUAGGGGAGUGGCUGAGCCUAGGGCCAAGACUUCAGUAAGGUUGGGGAAAGCUAUGUCCUUGGUCUCUUGGCUGGUCUUUUUGGUCAUUUUCCUUCAACACUCAAAGUAUAGGGAAGGAUGGCAUAAAGAGAUGAGUAAUCAAGGAUCACUGUGUCCCCUUCCCAUCUAUCUAGGUGUCAGUCUUCUAUCACUGUGUUUUUUUUUUGGUACUUUUCCUUUUUUCCAGGAAAAUUUUCCAUUGGUCUGUCUGUCCAUAUUGUUUGUCUUUGGCACAUACAUGCUGGUCUCUGGACACAGCCCUUUAUCUGAUUGAUACAUUCUGAUGAUAAUGGGAAGACAGUCCCUACUUUCCAAGGAAUUUUCUCUUGGAAGUAGAGAUUUCCCUUAUCCUUUUUUUCUUUCUUUUCUUUUCUUUCCUUUCCUUUUUUUUUUUUUUGGUGAGGCAA